AAUUGUCGGAGGUUCGUGCGUGGUUUUUCUAAAUAAAAUCCAUCUUCACCUCUGGUGAUUGUUAACCAACCGCCUUAUCACCCCGAUUUCGCGUGUUCCCACCUACGCGGUAGCUACGCAGUGCUUAAAAAUUUGUGAAAGUGAAAGUAUUUGUGUGAAUCGAUAUAAAAUGUUAAAAUACUUUCUCUUAUUAAUACGCUAACAAUCUCCACCCCGUGCUAUUGCCCUCAGUCAGUCGUGCGCUAAGUGUUGUAGCUACAUACAAUCGCACUUGUGUGUCGGUUAGUGUAUUAGGUUUUCGGCUUUAACUCCUUUCUAUGCAUAUUAAAAUAUUUAUUGAUUAAAUAAACUACAGGCGACUGUGACAGUGAGCAACGUAAAUUGGCACAAACAAAAUUUUGGCCUUCCUCAAUUCAUCUGCACUUAAUACAUUAACUGUGGACGUUAUGGAUUUCAAUAAAUUCAUGAAUAAGUUUAAUGAAAUUGAACGCUCGCUUUCGCCUACAUCAUCGCUACGUCUAAGCUUUGACAAUAUUUCACCGGAGAGUGAUGAACCUGAGGCUAAUAAACGCCUCUGGGGUGUGCCUGUACCACCUUUUGUAUCCGACAAAGUCGUUUCGUGGAUUGAAGAGGAAUUUAAUGAGCCGCCAAUUUAUUAUAAUGGAAAUGCAGUAAUACGGAAGGUUGAAAAUGUACGCAUGAUUGAUCGAUACAAUGCUAAGAAUCCCACAGUCGGUACGCUAUAUCUAACUGCAACACAUUUGAUUUUUGUGGAACCGGAUAGCAACAAAGAGACAUGGAUAUUACACAUGCACAUUGCAAAUAUUGAGAAAUUACCAUUAAGCACAACGGGUUCACCAUUAUUGAUACGUUGCAAAACUUUCCUAUCGGUCACAUUUGUAAUUCCAAAGGAUUCUGAGUGUCAUGACGUGUACACCUCUUUAAUGAAGCUUUAUCAACCUGUUUCCAUUAACAAGUUAUACUGCUUCAACUACCAGCCAGCCAAGGAUGAUUUUCCAAAGUCAUCGGGUUGGGAUUUCUUCAAGUUGGAAAACGAAUUCAAGCGUAUGCGAGUAGAAAAUGAGAUUUGGACGUUGUGCACUUUGAAUAUGAGCUAUGAAUUAUGCGACACGUAUCCGCGGCAAGUUUAUGUGCCACAAGAGGCAAACACAGCCAUGUUGAUUGGCAGUUCACGUUUUCGUUCCAAAGGUCGCCUACCAGCGCUCACGUAUUUGCACUCGAAUAAGGCUUCAAUUUGUCGCUGUAGUCAACCAUUGUCGGGCUUCAGUGCACGCUGUUUGGAAGAUGAGCAGAUGCUGGAGGCGAUACGCAAAACAAACCCCAACACCGACUAUAUGUACGUUGUGGACACUCGACCGAGGAUUAAUGCCAUGGCCAAUCGCGCCGCAGGUAAAGGCUACGAGAAUGAAGCUUUUUAUGAGAACAUCAAAUUCCAUUUUCUGGGUAUUGAAAAUAUACACGUGCAGCGUACCAGUUUGCAAAAAUUAAUUGAAGCUUGCGAACAAAAGACACCUACAAUGAGUGGCUUCCUGAAUGCGUUGGAGUCAUCAGGCUGGUUAAAAAAUAUUCGUUCCAUUUUGGAUACUUCAAGCUUUAUUGCAAGCGCUGUUGACAAAGGUGUCUCGGUAGUGGUGCACUGCUCGGAUGGUUGGGAUCGGACAGCACAAGUUUGCUCAUUGGCUGCUUUAAUGUUGGAUCCCUACUACAGAACGAUCAAAGGAUUUCAGGCUUUGAUUGAAAAAGACUGGCUGGCAUUUGGACAUAAAUUCAGUGAACGCUGUGGACACGUACAAACUGAUCUGCGUGAAGUCUCACCAAUUUUCACACAAUUCCUAGAUUGCACUUGGCAGUUGAUGACUCAACGCAGUGAUGCUUUUGAGUUCAAUGAACGUUUCCUGCUUAUCCUGCACGAUCACGUGCAUUCAUGUCAAUUUGGCACCUUUGUCGGCAACUGUGAGAAGGAUCGACUGGAUUUAAAGCUUUCAGAGCGCACAUUCUCCCUGUGGGGUUUCAUGGCCAAUCACUUGAAUGAAUAUAUCAAUCCUUUGUAUAAACCUGAUGUUGAUGAAACAAUCAAAGCCAAUUUGGCUCCACAAUGCAUUAAAUUUUGGCGUGGUAUGUUUAGUCGUUUCGAAAGUGGCGUACAUCCACGUGAACCACUUAGCGACUUACUGCUUGCGAGUAAGGAUCAUUGUACUUCAUUAGAGGAUCACGUGCAGCAUUUAACAAAGCGCAUAGCAAGCUUCAAAAAUUAUAUUUCCAAGUCCGCUAAGAAAUUGCAGGAUGCAACCGCUAAAUCUUACAAAGAGCCUCCUGCAACAGCAGAGAUCAAUGACAACAAGUACAAUUACGACAAAAAGAUGAGUGAACUCUCAUCUGCCGAUGAUGAUCACCCGCUCAAGCCAGCAGAAAUGUCGUUUGCAAACCUUUCGCUGAACGAGCGCAUUGAUGCCACGAGCAUUAAAGAGGAAAUAAAUUCUGUAGCUGUUGACUGGAAAUCGAUGCGUAACGUGACAGCUUGUUCCUGCUCAACACCAUUCGACCAAUUCAGCAAGAAGACACAUUGCUGGAAGUGUGGCGAUAUCUUUUGCGAACGCUGUAUCGAUAAGAGUAUUCCUUUGCCUGGCCAGGAUAGCGGCAAGCCAGUACCAGUGUGUCGUGCUUGCUUUAGAGUCCUACAAAAAACUAGUCCGUGAAUACUCAACUCAGUGAGUGACUGCAAGAACGAGCAGUGAAGAGACAAAAGAAUUCCUUGAGUGCAUACUUAGUCAAGACUGCUGUUGUGUUUAGCUUAGUAUGGGAGUGUAUGUGCGAUGUUCUUUAAGCAUCUCGUUUGUUAUGUUCGUGGCGUGAAAGUGCAAGCUGAUUUAGCAAAAUUAAAAUUCAGUUUAAUGAAAAAACAUGCUUACAUACUAGGUAACCGUUAUAAUCACAAAAAGUUGAUGUAUUUGCGAAAAAUUAAAAUUUAUUGCAUUUCUAGAGUAUUUAAAAGCUAUCUAAAAAAAAACUAAAAAAUAUAUAUGUAAGUACAUAUAUGAAUUUAUUAAAGAAACGAAUUGCAAAAUAAAAAUGCUCUGUUUGACGUUCAUGUAUACCAAUGUACUAUCGAAAUGCCACCCGGUAAAGAGGCCGAAAAAACGCUCAUUUUCCAAUAUAAAGUUUACUGUACCUAGACCUAAGAACCCAAGUGCUCUCCAACUCCAAUAUUAAUACAUAAAUAAUAUACAUAUACAAAUACAUUAAAGUAUAUGUCACGAAUAUAUAAGUUGUUGCCUUAGUUUAUGAUGUUGAGUUCUAUGAAAAAAAUGUUUUUUUUUUUCUGCAACUGUUUCUGCAGCUAGUUUACUCUUAAGUUUUGCAUGCUGGUACCUCAAAAUUCUAUUACCUUCAACUCUAUAGCACUUAACUAUAGUUGCUAUUCAUAGUAUACCAUUUUAGUUUCAGUGGCGUGGCUAGCGACCCACAAGUUUAAAGCGUUUGGACUUUGUUAUUUCUAAGUUUGUAAUUUUAGUUAUGAAUUGGUGAAUUUUUGUAUGUCUUCCAAAACGAUUUCAAAUUUAAGCGUCAACUUUGUGAUAGAAGGUGAAUAAAGAUGAUAAGCAUUAGAUGUUCUUAACGGGUGAGAGAUUUUAUGAAAUAACUUGCACUAUCAUCGUAAAAGUCAGCUUCAUCAAAUUUGAAUGAGAAACGAAUUUUCCCGCUUCUUAACGGGUUUCUUUUUAACCGACUUCCAAAAAAGGAGGAGGUUAUAAGUUCGUCGGAAUAUUUUUUUUUAUUUUUUAUUUAUU